AUGCCUGCGUUUCCCCAGAAGUUCAACUCGACCGUCUCCCACUGGCAGCAGACGAACCGUGGCCCCACGUCGCUGUGGAACCACGGUCGCGAUGCGCCCCUCCCCACCGAAGUGGUCGACUACGUGAUCAUCGGAGCUGGUGCAACUGGCGCCUCUCUCGCGUACCAUCUCAGUCGUCCGGGCGGUGCCGCGGAGGGCAAGAGUAUCGUCAUCGUUGAUGCGAAGGAUGUCGCCUCGUGUGCUUCCGGGAGGAACGGUGGCCAUGUGCCUGCGCAGACUUGGCAGAUGAUGACCCCCUUCAUGGCACCCUUGGAGGAGGGCGGCGCCGGCCUGACUGCCGAGGAGGUCGUCGACGUCAUCCUGUUUGAGCAGGACAACCUCGCCCUUGUCGAGAGCAUUGUGCAGAAGGAGCGCAUCGACGCGGAUUUCAAGAAGGCUCCGCGGUUCGAGGUGCUCAUCAACCCCGAGAGUGCUGCCGAGAACGCGCGCCUCCACAGGCUGUUCACGAGCACUGUCGAGCGCAUGCCCAAGCACCGGGGCAGGAGCCUCCCUGUGAAGAUUAUAAGCAACCCUGCCGAGGCCAAGAAGGUCUCCCGGGUGAACAACGCCCUCGCCGUCAACCUCACGCAGGCCGGCUCGUGGCACCCCCACCGCGGCGUCACCGCGCUCAUGCGGCUCGCGCUCGAGUCCAAGGUUUCAGACGUCAAGUUCUUCUCCUGGACUCCGGUGGCUGGAUUCACCGAACAGACCGACGGCACCGUCUCGGUUGACUGUGGUGCCCGUGGCACUCUCACUGCGCGCAACUUGAUUAUUGGGACCAGCGCCUACUCACACCACCUCCUUCCCGAGCUCGAGAAUGUUCUCACUGGAUACCGCCUCCAAGCGGGGCUCGUCACGCCACCUGCGACCUAUGCCGGCGCUCAAGCCUUGAAGGGAACCUAUGCGAUCGAGGAGGGCUCGUAUCUGAUCCAGACGCCGACGUCGGGCCUCGUGUUUGGCCCUUACGCCAGUGUCGCCAAUAGCCGUGGCCUCGCCACUCCGAAGGAGAUGUACGGGGUCGAAGACGACAGCCUCACAACUGCACCAUGGCGCUCAUGGCUGUCCACCUACUGCCCCAAGACGUUUGGCGGAUGGGGCCCCGAGGUCCCAGGUGAGGGUCUCACCAAGGUGUGGUCCGGCAUCAUUUGCCACUCGGUCGACCACAUCCCGCUUGUUGGGCCGCUACCUGGUCGAAAGGGCGUCUUCAUGGCGGCUGGAUACAGCGGUCAGGGCAUGGCACUCAUCGUCAAUAUCACCCGGGGCCUCGCUCACCAGCUCAAGACCUGCCAGUGGGAUGACGAGACAAUGCCCCGCUGUUUUGAGAUCACUCAGGCGAGGCUCGAGCGCGCCAAGCGCGCCCUCCAGCCACGUGACUAUCCUGUCGGCGGACUGUCGUUCACUGCUCCCACUGUCAAUGACGAGGCAAGGCUGUGA